UGCAAGCAAGCGCUUUGUGAUUUUGUUAUGCGUACUUUUAUCUCAUAGCAAUCGAACCAAAUUUCACAGUUCAAUUUGUUUCAAGAAUCUUUUAUUAGUAUUAAGUAAGGCACCGUUGAUUUAGGCAUGAGAAAAAUAAAACGUGUAAAAAUCUCUUUAUAUUUGCUUUAAAAAAUGGUUAGGAGUGGGAGAGACCGUGAUAGGGAAAGGGAUCGACGUAGAUCUCGUAGUCGUUCUGACACACCGGAUCGUAAACGAAGGAGGUCAAGAUCAAGAAGUCGUGAUCGGGGCUCGAAAUCUUCAAAGAGGAAGCGCAGUCGUAGCAGAGAUCGUGACUCCAAAAGAGACCGAAGUCGAGAACGGGAUCGCAGUAGGGAAAGAGAUCGUAGUCGUGAGCGAGAUCGGGACAGAAAAAGUGAUAAAAGAGAUGAUAAAAGAAAUGGAUCUAGUAAAUCAUCGAGAAAGAAGUCGCCGGAGAAGGAAAGGGAGAGAUCAAAAUCAAAGGAAAAGAGUAAUAAAGCUGAUUCUUCUGAAUAUAACCCGGGCUCUGUUGACAAGGAAGAAGAGCAAAACCGCUUGGAAGCUGAAAUGCAAAAACGUCGUGAACGUAUAGAGAGAUGGAGGGCUGAACGUAAACGUAAAGAAAUUGAAUCCGCUAAAAAAGAAGUUCAAAAAGGAAGCAUUGUUACUAAUAUACAAAUACCGACAUCAAAGAAAUGGUCACUUGAAGAUGACUCUGGUGAUGAAGCUUUGCCAGGUGAAGAUGCGGAAGGAAAAGAAAAAAACAAUAUAGGAGAAAAGAAAGAAGAAGAAGAUGAAAUUGAUCCUUUGGAUGCGUACAUGCAAGAAGUGCAACAAGAAGUGCGUAAAGUCAAUCAAAUGGACCAAGCCAAAGGAAUUAUUAGUGUUCCAACAACAGGUGGCACUGGCAUUGUAAUUCUUACUGGCACUGCCAAAAAAAAGGUCACUGAGCAGAAAAAUAAGGGUGAACUGAUAGAACAAAAUCAAGAUGGCUUGGAGUAUUCGUCUGAAGAAGAAACGGAAGACAUAAAAGAUGCCGCUGCUAAUCUUGCUUCCAAACAGAGGAAAGACUUGAUCAAAGUAGACCAUGCUAGUUUAGACUACAUGCAAUUUAGGAAGUCAUUUUACACAGAAGUGAAUGAACUAGCAAGAAUGACACCAGAGGAAGUAGAAACGUACAGGACUGAGUUGGAAGGUAUUCGUGUCAAGGGAAAAGGCUGUCCGAAACCGAUCAGGACAUGGGCGCAUUGCGGUAUCAGUAAAAAAGAACUUGACAUUCUAAAGAAGUUGAAUUUUGAAAAGCCCACCCCGAUACAAGCACAAGCGAUUCCUGCUAUUAUGUCUGGAAGAGAUCUAAUAGGAAUUGCGAAGACUGGUUCAGGCAAAACAUUAGCGUUUAUCCUGCCAAUGUUCCGGCACGUGUUGGACCAACCGGCGUUAGAAGAUACAGACGGACCAAUAGCCCUCAUAAUGACUCCUACAAGGGAACUCUGCAUGCAGAUCGGCAAAGAUAUAAAGAAGUUUGCAAAGUCACUCGGAUUACGUGUGGUUUGCGUUUACGGGGGCACUGGGAUAUCGGAACAGAUAGCCGAACUGAAGCGUGGUGCCGAAAUGAUAGUGUGCACCCCGGGACGCAUGAUCGACAUGUUGGCCGCCAACUCUGGGCGCGUCACCAACCUGCGCCGCGUCACGUACGUCGUGCUCGACGAGGCCGACAGAAUGUUUGACAUGGGAUUCGAACCACAGGUAAUGAAAAUCAUAGACAACAUAAGACCCGACAGGCAGACCGUGAUGUUCAGCGCAACCUUCCCGAGACAGAUGGAGGCUCUCGCUCGUAGGAUAUUGCAGAAGCCAAUCGAAAUACAGGUUGGUGGAAGAAGUGUGGUCUGCAAGGAUGUGGAACAGCACGUCGCUAUACUAGAGGAAGAAGCUAAAUUCUUCAAACUGCUGGAACUCCUCGGACUCUACAGUCAAAUGGGAAGCAUCAUUGUCUUUGUGGACAAACAGGAGAACGCCGACAGUCUGUUAAAAGACCUCAUGAAGGCUUCGUAUUCUUGCAUGAGCUUACACGGAGGGAUUGAUCAAUUCGACAGGGACUCGACGAUAGUAGACUUCAAGAACGGCAAGGUCAAGUUGCUGGUAGCGACCAGCGUUGCUGCCCGAGGGCUGGACGUCAAGCAACUAGUUCUGGUGGUCAACUACGACUGCCCGAAUCACUAUGAAGAUUAUGUGCAUAGAUGUGGACGCACCGGGCGCGCCGGCAACAAAGGAUUUGCAUGGACCUUCCUCACUCCGGAGCAGGGUCGGUACGCGGGCGACGUGCUCAGGGCCUUCGAGCUGGCCGGAGUCAGUCCUCCCGCCGAACUAAAGAACCUGUGGGAGAAGUACAAGGAGGCGCAGGAGAAGGACGGGAAGAAGGUGCACACGGGAGGCGGAUUUAGUGGGAAAGGUUUCAAGUUUGACGAAUCUGAAGCCCAGGCUGCUUCGGAAAAGAAGAAGUAUCAGAAGGCGGCUCUCGGCCUUCAAGACUCCGACGACGAGGACGUGGAGGGAGAUCUCGAUCAACAAAUCGAGACGAUGCUCGCUGCCAAGAAGAUUGUCAAAGAAAUUAAACCGGGCGUGGCCGUGUCCGGUCCCGCCGCGGCUGCUGCUAGCGCGACGGACGGAAAGCUGGAGUUAGCGCGGCGGCUCGCGUCCCGCAUCAACCUCGCCAAGGGACUCGGCGCAGACCAGAAGGGCGCCACGCAACAAGCCGCCGAGGCGAUCCUCAAGGGCGCGCCUUCGCAGACACUCAUCACGGCUAAAACAGUGGCGGAACAGUUGGCCGCGAAGUUGAACACGCGACUCAACUACCAACCGCGAGACGACAACACAAACGAACCGACCGAGGAGGUGUUCCGCAAGUACGAGACCGAGCUGGAGAUCAAUGACUUCCCGCAGCAGGCCAGGUGGAGGGUCACUAGCAAGGAGGCGCUAGCUCUAAUCAGCGAGUAUUCAGAGGCCGGUAUAACAGUGCGCGGCACGUACGUCCAGCCGGGCAAGGCGCCGCCCGAGGGCGAACGCAAGCUGUACCUCGCCAUAGAGAGCUCGCAGGAGCUGGCCGUCGCCAAAGCCAAAUCCGAGAUAACGCGGCUCAUCAAGGAAGAGCUCCUCAAACUCCAGACCUCGGCCCAUCACAUGGUCAACAAAGCUAGAUAUAAAGUUUUGUAGUUUAUUAUGGAUUAAAUGUUGGACAGAUA